AUGUCAUUCUAUGAGGACCAGUUCAGCAGCACCAGAUUCAUACCACAUCCUAACCUCAACUCAACAUCACCAGACUCUCAUACCAGCCAUGAAUCCAAACCAGCCAAACCGUCUUUUCGCCCUCCUCUCGAAAUCUUCGAAGAAGUGACAUCCUACCUCGACUACCUCUCCCUCAAAUCCCUAUCAUCCACAAACCACGCCGCUCAGCGCCGCCUCAUCCCCAAACCCUACCUCGCAGCUGCCAUGUUGGCACUGGAACUCUACGACAAUGACGAAACCGAAACGCUGAAAUCCAAAGCCUUACUCCCUUGCUACCAAUGUCUGCGAGUCUUUCCCGCCAAGUCAGGCUUCGAGGAGGCGUGCGACACGCAUCCCGACCGAGCAGGAUUCAGAGGCGAAUUUGCGUGCGCGAGGAUGUGCAGAUCGUGCAACUACAAGGCUGGAGGGUAUCUGAGCCGGGUGCCGAAGUGGAAGAGAUUGAGGAAGGUGAGGAUGGGGGUGUUGAAGAGGAGGGGCUGGGCGCCUGCGGAGAGAGAGGAGAUUUACAAGGCGAGGAGGGAAAGAAAGGAGGCGGUGAAGUUGCGGAGAGCGAAGGAGAUGGAGGGUAGGGCUUGGAUUAUGAUGGGCGAGUGA